CCACCUAACCCUAAUAUAUUCAGUCCUCAAUCACUAACAUCUAAUCCUCCAUCUCCUGUAGUUCAUAUUCAUGAAAAGGAAGGGUCUAAAAAAGGCCAAGCAAUGUAUUUAUCUAUAGAGAAUUUGGCUAACUGUUUUACAAAUCCUAAGAUAAAAAAUAACCUAGCCAUUAUUACUAAAAGAAAGUCUUCUAAUAAACAGCAAAAGAAAACCAAAGUAUCUCAACUAAUAGAGGAGGAUUCUGAAGCAGGACCUGGUCUGAUUACUCAAGCAUACAGAAAAGGACAAAGAGAUGAUUCUGAAGAAGAUCUUAAAAAUUUAGAUAAAAAAAUACUCUGGCUGGUUCAAUUUCCAGAUAAUAAAGAGCAUCAGGAAGUAUGGCAAAAGGGAAUUCAGACAGCAAAAGACAUGUUUAAAGUAGAUGAAGUAGCAAAAAAAGCAAAAGAGAUAUAUUUACAAUGGGGUUUGAGCAAUGAAAAAGUGAUUUCAGAAAAGAUUGAGUCAUUAAUACAGGAAUACAAGGCAGAAGACAAAAAAGUUCUUAUAAGAGUAAAAUUUGCUAAAGAUGAUUCUUCCUAUAGUAAAAGACAUAACUAUAUAUUUAAAAUUAUUGAUAAAUAUCAGCCUAUUCGAGAAUCAAAGAGAGCUGGUAAGAAAUUUGUUCUAGAAGUAGAAGAUGUAGCAGAAUUGGAAAAAAUACUUAAGAGGCCAAUUAAAUUGCUUGAUAUUACUUAUGAGACCAUUUUUAAUAAAUCGCUUAAAAUAGUUGAGUUAGCAGAACAGGUAUUUGGUGCUAAUCAUGCUGGAGGCAAACUUGCCAAUGAGAUCAUUGAUUGGCAUCCUACUUCGGCUAGAAAAAAUACCAAACCUAGUAAAGUCGUUACCAAAGAGUCUGAGCUACUAAAAGAUGACAAGAUUCAAGAAAUUCAGCCUGGCCAAUGGUGCGAUAAAGGUAAGAAGAUUCAUGGACCAGAUUCUAAUGUUGUAUACUGGCCAAAAAAUAGGCAUUGGGAAUCGAUUAAAAAUAUUACUGAGAGUACUGCUCCAUCAAUUCCUUCUUUAGGUGGAAUGGAAGUCUUAACUGAUUAUCGGGCCAAAUGCCCUAGAUUACAAGAGCUUAAGAAAAAAAUGCGAUGGCAAAAUAAUAGAAUGCAGUCAGACCUAUUCUGUGAAGCACUUCCAGUCACAGAAAAAUGGGAAUAUCUUGGAGCUGAAUGGAAGCCAUCAGAUCUGAAAAAUGAUAUAAUACAUUUGCCCUUAAAUACACUCCCUGACAAAUUCUUAAAAGAUAUGUUGACAGAUAAAAAAGUCAUAUAUUGGGAACUUGGAUAUGCUAUGACUAUUCACACUAGUCAAGGAAUGACCCUUAAAGCUCCACAGAGUGUUUGGGUCAUUGAUGAAAACCUAGCUUGGGAUAACCUAAUAUAUUUAGCAGUUGGUCGUGUGGAAUAUUUGAGCCAACUCAUUCGGGUUGAGACGCCUCCAUUACCUCCUGAAAUUGCCCAAGAGAUUGAGGAGGCAAAAAAGAAUAGACGGCUAGAGCACGAAUUGAGACCAUCUAUUCAGGAAAAACUUAUCGGAUAUAUGGGCCAGGACAAGGAAAAAGGUCGUGAAUUCGAUCUAACAGUCGACUAUAUUCUCACAUUAAAACGAAUUCAAGAAGACAGAUGCGUAUUAUGUCUUAUAGAAAUGAAAUUCGAAUGGGAUCGACCAGGAGAUAUAUCAGUGGAUCGAAUCCACAAUAACACGCUUAAUUGGCUGGAUCAAAAAUUCCCUCCAACUUCUCCGGCAUUGGAACCUGAAAAAGGUAAAGAUAGCCCAGCACCGGUUCAAGAUAACCAAUUACUAAAUGAAAUUUUUGAGGCGUAUAAAAGGAAUAUAAGGAAUACACCUCAUUAUCAGUUUGCCCAUAUGGAACCUUCGGAUCCUCUAAAUAGGUUAUAUGAAAUUUUAGUUAAAUUAGAUGUUCCACUUUAUCUGAAAUUGCAGAUACUAACCG